GCAAAACGAGAGUAAAGGCGGCUGCUUCUUUUGGGGUUCUGGGCGACAAGUCAGCGUGGGUAUGUGGGUGGGGAUAGGGAGGGAAGACUCGCGAGAACGUCCGCCGCGCUCCACGCCUGUAGGCCACUGUGAAAGUACAUCAUCUUUUCCCUUCAGCUGAAAUGGCUCAAGAUUCAGGAGGCCUUUUUUCCGAUUAUCAGUUUUGGAUGUGUAAGCUUUCUGUGUGGGGCCAGGCCUCCACUUUGGAAACCCAGCAAGACACCUGCCAUCACCUGCCUCAGUUUCAGGAGUUCUUGAGGCAGAUGUAUGAAGCUUUGAAAGAGAUGGAUUCUAGUACAGUCAUUGAAAGAUUCCCCACAAUUGGUCAACUGUUGGCAAAAACUUGCUGGAAUCCUUUUAUCUUAGCAUAUGAUGAAAGCCAAAAAUUUUUAAUAUGGUGCUUAUGUUGUCUGAUUAACAAAGAACCACAGAAUUCUGGAGAAUUGAGACUUAACUCUUGGACACGGGGGUUGUUAUCUCAUAUACUUUCGGCAUUCAGACUUAAUAUAAAAGAAGUUGGCCUUUUUACUCAAAGUCUUGGGUAUGCACCUGUGGAUUACUAUCCUAGUUUGCUUAAAAAUAUGGUUUUAUCAUUAUUGUCUGAACUCAGAGAGAAUCAUCUUAAUGGAUUUAACACUCAAAGGCAAAUGGCUCCUGAACGAGUAAGGUCCCUAUCACGAGUUUGUGUUCCACUUGUCACUCUGCCAGAUUUUGAACCACUGGUAGAGGCUCUGCUCACCUACCAUGGACAUGAACCUCAGGAAAUGCUCUGGCCUGAGUUCUUUGAUGCUGUGAAUGAGGCCUUUUUGUUGAAGAAGAUUUCUCUCUCCAAGUCGGCUAUAGUCUGCCUCUGGCUGCGACACCUUCCCAGCCUUGAAAAAGCAAUGCUUCAUCUUUUUGAAAAGCUAACCUCCAGUGAGAGAAAUUUUCUGAGAAGGAUCGAAUGCUUUAUAAAAGAUUCAUUGCUGCCCGAAGCAGCCUGCCACCCUGCCAUAUUCAGAAUGGUUGAUGAAAUGUUCAGGUAUGCACUCUUGGAAACCGAUGGAGCCCCAGAAGUACUAGCCACCAUUCAAGUGUUUACGUGGUGCUUUGUAGAAACUCUGGAAAAAGAAAACAAACAGCUGAAGUUUACACUCAAGUCCUACUUUCCUUACGCUUCUCCGUCUCUUGUCAUGGUGCUACUCCAAUACCCGAAAGAUAUCCCACAAAGCCUGUGGCACCAACCACUGAAACAUAUUUCUGAAAUGCUCAGAGAAAUAGUUGAAGACCAGACUCACAGGUCCUAUGGAGGCCCCUUUGAGAGCUGGUUUUUGUUCGUUCACUUUGGAGGAUGGGCUGAUAUUGCAGCUGAGCAGUUACUGAUGUCAGAAGGCGAACCCCCUGAUGCCUUGUUGUGGCUCUUGGCAUUCAGCUACAGCCCACGUGACGGGAGUCAGAAGAGAGCACAGACCAUGGUAGAGGUGAAGUCAGUGCUUGGCCGCCUCAUGAAGCUGCUCAGAAGGCCAACCCUCUCGGCCAGGGAGCUACAGACAGCAGCAGGAGAGAGCCAAGGCGGUGACCCCAGGCCGCCUGCCUGUCGACAGUUGAUCAGGUGCCUUCUCCUGAACUUCCUGCUGUGGGCUCCUGGAGGCCACGCAGUUGCCCGGGAAGUCAUCGCCCUCAUGGCUCAAACUGAUGAGGUAACCCAUGAGAUUAUUGGCUUUCUCGACCAGACCUUGUACAGAUGGGAUCGUCUUUGCGUGGAAGCCCCAACAUCAAGAAAACUGGCCAGAGAGCUCCUUACAGAACUGCACGCAAAAGUCUAGCACAGACUCUUUGAAUGUGUAGCUGCCAUGCAGGGCCCAGGCUCUCUGGAGCCACUUGAUGAAAUGAUGGGAUCACUUUGUGUUAUGAGUAGCCUCUGUGAGCUGUAACAAUGAGCCAUAAAUAUCUUGGCAAGAUCUGGCAGCACAUAGUUUAGAAAAUGAGAAGACAGGUUCUUUAGCCCAAACUCAGUCAGAUUUAUUCACUAAUGACUUGGAUUAUGCCUUUAGCACUCUGUGUACCUACUCAACCUCGAUGUCAGUUAGAGAAUCACUAAAGAAAAGGCUUGGAUGGGAGGACAGAUUUUUGUUUCCUGUUUUUCCCUUAUCAAACCAAGGUGCACAACUAUUUGAGUGUUUCAAAGUCUUUUGAUUAAGAACUUGAUAUGAACCACUGAUCAGUUUAGAAAGUUAUCUUAAUCCUUUUCCACACAUCUCUUUUUUAGAAGUCAGGUCGUUUUUGGUGUUUCUUUUGUUUUAUUUUUUAUUUUUAUUUUUGCAGCAGACAAAGUAGAGGUUUUUUUUUAAGGAAAUGGUACCAAGCCAGGAGACACAGCUGAGCUAAGCACUCAAAGAUCUGGCUCCCCGAAGGCCUCUAGGAGAUAGGUUAUUAUAGAGGAAAACUCAUUAGUAGCUGAGAGAGCUGGGGUCGUGGACUCUACUGAUUGGUUGGAGCUAGGAUAGGAGGCAGUUGAUAAUUGCAUCAGGUCCUGAUGUCAGUCAUGGUGUCGUUCAGUCUGGUUUCAAGGGGAUGCUGGUAGGGUCAUUCCAUCUUCAUGGGUGUGGAGCUGCAAGAUGUCAUCUUUAGUUUGACCAAAACUCUGUUUCUGGUCAGUAGACCUGAGGCUUUUUUCCUAAGUUACCAUUGGAGGCGAUCUAAGUCCGUCAUUGUCCCGGUGGUGCUGGGGGCCUUGGUCCUUUCUGCUAACGCAGUAAAGAAUUAGAGAUCAGCAAAGUUUAGGAAAAGUAAGAUUUAUUGAAGUAUGUUUCAAGAGAAAUGUGUUACACCAGAGAGGGCUGUAGCCUCCUGGUGUUUCUUUUAAUCCACAGAGAUUUGAGAUAAAGCCACACUCUCUUGUUUCCCUAAGAAAUUCUUCAGCAACAGGCGUUCCCCUGGGGCACCCCCUGGGCAGGCCAAGGGGAAGGAGAGCCCACUGAAGCCCAGUAGCAAGUAGUUGUGACAGCGACCACUAGUGAAUGGCAGGCAAGUGUGCUGGCCCUGCCGUGGAGAGCAACCGUGCUUAGCAAUAAAAUGAAAACAGUUCUAGUGCUAACUCUCUUUGCUUUAUGUUUACUAAACACUGACUGCUACCAAAAGGGUUCAUAUUGCCUCAAAGAUGGCUGGUGGGAGGGUACACAACUUGUUCUAGAAACGGAAGAGAUUACAUAUCAGUUGUCUUGUUAAGUGAAAUGGGAACUGGAAAUUUCUAAUAAGGAAUUGGUAUCUCCAAGGUUAAUAUUUGUUUCACAUGAGUUGAAGAUAUUUUUUCUUUUUAGAUUUAUUCUUGUAUUGAUUGUAUGCUCUUUUGUGUAUAUUCUGUCAAGUGAGUCAGCUUUUCUUUUAUGCAUUUGAUGUAUGUAUUAGUAAUCUCUGAAUCUCCCUGUCUUGGCUUCUGUUUGAAGUAUGAGUAAAGUUUUGUUAGAUUGGAGGUUGAGCUUUUAGGAGAAUUAUUUGUUUCAGUAUAUGCAUCCACCCAAAGAUCUGAAAAAUUCCAAAAACUUUUGACCCGAGCCUGCCUUUUGAGAAAUGUUACCGUGUGAAAGGUAUACUGUUAAAAUACUUUCACCCCAACUGCCAUCAUCAUUACUUUCAUAUGCUUCACUUGGAGUUCAGGACACCUCACCUAUGUUGACUUUUGCCACAGAAGCUGUGAUCAGUCUCUAUGGACGUGAAGAAAAGGGCUCAGUGUGGUGGUGGCCAACAACUCUCGAAGCGAGCGCCCACUGAAAACUGACGUUCCUUUGUGGAGUGUGCUUCCAUGUGGACAUCCAUUCACACAGUUUCAUAGCAAACAAUAAAAACAAGAUGGUUCUCCACCUCAGACCAUUGAAGCUGGAUUCUGGAAGAUUUCUUUCCUGUCCUGACCACACCUCAGCCUGUUUGUAGUAUGUCCCAAUCCCUUUACAAAGCCUCUGAGUUCUCCCAAGCCUCGGCCAUUUGAGCUGGCCACCGAGCAGACUGACUGAGCUGGCGGAACUUCAGUCUUCACCUCGGUGAAUGCCCAGCAGCCUGGCCAUUCCCUGUUUUCCGUGAAUCUUCACUGUCUGUGAAGACUUUAUACAAGGAGAUAGUAGGCUCUGGUUUACUGACUGAUGUUAUUUUCUCCCUUUGCCUUCCCCUGCCUUGACAAAGCUGCUGACGAGGCGGGGAAGGCUCCCGGUGGAAACGAAGGAAAGCCGCGUGGUGAAGGGUGGCGUCCCCCAACCCAGAUGAGUAGCCGGGAAGCCAUGCCAGAACCGCUGACUCCUUUGGAAGCCGGAGCCACUCAUUCCGUUCACUGUCGUGAGGGUGAGCACAGAUGGCAGAGAGUGCACAGUGGACGGGUAGGGAGUGACACCCUCCCCUUGAAAACCAAGGAUGGAUCCUUUGUGUGUCCUCAGCUCUUCAGCAGGCCCAUGCCCAGACUCCAGGAAAGAACCCAGUCAGCAUAGAAAGAGACGGGCUGGGAUGUAUUCAGUAAAGUCUACCUACUUUUCCUGUUGCCUUGAAUUUUUGGGAAAGUUCAGACAUGGAUUCUUUCAAUUUUUUUGAAAUAUGUUCAUAGAAAUAAGAAUCUAGCUAAAAAUGGGCUCUGGCGAAAAUGCACAGUGAACCCACGAAGACCACUAAGCCUUAUUCCCUCAUUGGAGAGCUAAGCACUGAGGCCUGAGGUGCAUGUCAAGUGGCAUGGCUGAGAAUAGAGGCCGCAUUGGGGGUUUGCUGGAAGUGGGGUUCUUUACACCACAGCAUCUGUGCCAGACAUAUGCCUUCUGCUUCUGCCAGCAGAAUAUCUGACAAAGAGUGGCUUAAACAAGGAAGACACCUGAUGGCCUCAGACACAGACUCCCAGAAAACUGGCUCCUUCAGCCACUCAGCAGUGUUACAGCUUGGAGCUGGCCUCACUGAAUUUCUGCUGGCUUUCCUCUCCAUGUUGCAAGAAGGCUGCCAAGCCUAGGCUUUGCUGGCAACAUCCGAGAAGGAAAAGGACAGCAGGUUUCCUCAUCUUCCCCACCAGGUACACCAGACCUGCCCUUACAUCACAGGCAGAACCCAGCCACAGAAGGAUGGGGAAUGCGGCUGCCCUGAUGGGCUAAGACCAAGGUCAGAUUUAUCAGGACACCAGUGAAGCUUGAGCUUCAGGGCCUUUCACUGCCCGGCCACUUCUAAGGCUCUGGAAGAGGCCCCAGCUCCCUUGGCCAUUCAUUUUUUGUAAAAUUUGUAAAGAGAUUUUAACUGCAACCAGUAAAAGUAAGUGUGUACAUUCCUACCUACUGGGCAUCACAGGGUUGGCCAUGGGCACUUCCAGAGUCCAGCUGAGGGGACUCUGAGGUUGCUUAUCAUCACUUUAGAGCAGAGUCACUGUGGCCAUCCUGGUGAAAGAACAGCUUCCAAGAACUGUAGCUCAGGUAGCCUGAGACACAAAUGCAGGUCCAGGGGCCAUGUCACCUGAGAUAUGUGGGUACACAGGAGAAACAAGAAGGGAUGUGUGGGAGGAGUCCUUCCCAGUCCUAUAGUUUGGGUCUGUAAUGAAUUUGACAGAAAUUUUCAGAGAUCUGACAACAGCUUUAAAAUUUUACAUUACUAAUAGCUAGCUAUGAUGUUCAGAAAUUUUCUUAAGUCUUAAUAAUGAAGUUUUUUAUACAGCAUGCUGGAGAAAAGACUGAAUUAUCUUUCUCUUCUCUUUAUAGAAAAUGCAUAAAAUCACUGUCCUAAGAAGAGGUGAUCAAAAAGGACAGAGCCAAAAUCUGUAGGGAGAAAAGGCAUUAUAGAGCACGCAUUCACAUAGGUUACAUUAUGCAUUGGGACUUUGUGACAUUUGUAGAAUUGUUACCAUUAUAAAGUUUAUAAUUUGUCCGACAUUAUUUCAUUCUAAAUAAAAAGUCACAGUUGUGCCUA